UUCUCCAACUUAGUAACCCAUGAAAAUUACAUCACAUUAAACAUUUAAUAGUUAUUAACCCAAAAGUGGCACGCGAACAUGUCAAAAAAACUGUUUCGUCCAAUAAUUCAACCCGAGAUCCUUCGACGGCUGUGUGAUAAACCGAGGCUGAGCAGCAAACCUUCAAAUACUCCACAUCCUCCGAAGGACCCUCCAGAUGAGGGCUACAAUCCAUCCAGUGUGGAUCAUAAUGCGCUGGAUGUGCCCGCUUUUGUGAGUCCUUCGUCCUUUCGCCAGUUUAGUUCACCCGAUGAAAAGUUGGGACCGGGAGCUGGAAAAGCUUUGGAGUACAAGAAUGCCCAUUAUUUUGGAUAUCAUCGAUUCUCGUUUAUGAAUUUAAUGAGCACGGCUAACGAAUUACGCGAUGAACGUCGUUUGGAUGGAGGUCUUCAGGCAUCCAUAGAAGCUGAUGAAGAAACCGUUACUGAAGAAUCCGAACUGGAGACCAUGAAGAAACUGGAACAGGAGUGUGAUGGAAUUCUUGAGGCUCAGGCCAAGCAAAUCGAAGAAGCCAAAUCUUCCGCCAAGGAGAAGAAUAUUCAGGAUAUGAGCGAAGAGGAGUUGCAAGAGUGGUGCAAGAAAGAGGAAGAAGAUAUCAAAAAGAAGGAGCAGCAAAAAAAGGACGGAGAAAAGCCGCAAAAGAAACUCGAGGAUAUGAGCGAAGAAGAGUUAGUAGCUUGGUGCCAGAAGAAAGAAUCUGACAUUAAAGCAAAAGAGAAGAAAAAGCAGGCAGAAGAAAAGGCUAAAUGUGAGGCAGAAGAGAAGAAAAAGAAUACGGAGGCCAAAAAAAAGUAUGAAGAGGAAGCAAAGAAGAAAAAGGCAGAGGAAACUAAAAAGGCGCGAGAUGAAGUAGAGAAGAAGAAGAAUGAAGAAGCUAAUAGAAAAUGUGAGGAAGAGAGGUUAAAAAAAGAAGCGGAAGCUAAGAAAAAGUGUGAAGAAGAAGAAUUAAAGAAAAAAUGUGAGGAAGAAGAAAGGAAGAAAAAGUGUGAGGCAGAUGAAAGUAAGAAAAAAUGUGAGGAAGAAGAACUAAAGAAAAAGUGUGAGUCAGAAGCAAUGAAGAAAAAAUGUGAAGAGGAAGAAAUAAAGAAAAAGUGUGAAGACGAAGAAAGGCAGAAAAAAUGUGAUGAAGAAGCAAGGAAGAAAAAAUGUGAGGAGGAAGAAACAAAGAAAAAGUGUGAGGAAGAAGCAACUAAAAAAAAGAGUGAAGCAGAAAUAAAAAAAAAGAGUGAGGAGAAGAACAUCUCUGAUGAACAAAAGUCGGUACUACGUGUUUUUUCAGAUUUUAAGCUGAAGUGCAUGGACGCUUUGGAAAAAAAAGAAUGUGAAGUCAAGAAAAAUAAAGAGGUAGAGGAAAAGAAGAAAUGUGAUUCAGAUAAAAACAUGAAGGAUGACAAAUAAAAAAAAUAUAAUUAUAACAAAACCAAUAAAAAAAAUUAAAACUCAAACUAAAAAAAAAUCUUGCUGUAAAGAAAUCUUGAGUUUAAAACUUCAAUAAGAACAAUACUUUUAAAAAUUUGAGGAAGAGUUAUUUUAAAUUGAAUAAAUAAUUUUUAAGUAAAU